UUUGUUCUUCUUUGCAUGUCAAACUUGAGUAUAGUGGCUAUCCAAAGUCUUCUACAGAGGCCAAUGAUAUUCAGUUUUGAGCUGCUUAUGAUAUUUUCAGUCAUCUAGAGAUACCAGUGUGUAGAGAUACACUUAGCUGGUUAGAAUUGGAGCAGCUUGAUAAGGAAGUGGGGUGAUCUGCAAUACAAGGUGUGAAAACAAAGAUGCAGAAUAGAAAAUUGGCUUCUGGAAGGCCCUCUGGAACUGAUGGCUCUGAUUACUCCUUCCGGAUGGUUGUUGAUUCAAGGUAUCAACUAGUUGCAAAGGGGAAGAAACGCCUCUCUCUGCACUUUAUAACCGAGGCUGCGUUGCUAUUAAUAGGAGCAAUAUUUGCAUAUUUUCCAGGAAUAGAAGCAGAUACUCCAAACACAGUGGCCUAUUCGUCUGUUUUUAUUAGUGUUGUUUCACUAAUCAUUGGGAAUAUAGGCAGAAGACGCAGUCGACCUGGUUUAUUGAGAUUUUAUGCUAUCGUAUCCUCCAUUGCAAUGCUUCUCUUGAUUGCUUCUCUUGCAAAGAAACAUCUGCUGCUGAAGGCUAUCCAGGAUUCUAAACUUUGGAGAGCAGGGAAGUAUGAUGCGAAUGAUCUAUCUCAUUUUCAAAUUGGCUUGCUGUUAUAUCUAGUUACCUUAUCUGUGCUCAAGCUUUGUACUGUCAAAGCAGUUGUUUCACUUCUUUUUAACAUGGCUCCACCCAAGAAAACCUCGUAAGCCCCAUCAACAGUUAUUUGGGGUCCAAAUCCAAUUUUCUGUCAUUGAUCUUUAUGUGACUAUCUUUUCCGAGGGAUGUUGAGGUCAGCUGAGAUUUUACUGAACAUUUUUAGAACGUAUGUGGUUAACUAUAUAGUAUUUUCUGUAUUUUUUAUUUGUUUUGAGUAUUACUUUGGAGCAUGUUUACAUAAUUUUCUCUA